UUCCUCAAAACUCAAAACCCUGCCCUCUUUUCACAUCAAUCCUACAUUUAUUAAACAUGAUGUCAUUAUUUUAGCAAGAUCCCCAAAUAUACAACCCCCUUAUGGCAAUUAACACGUUUCAUUAGUAUCUAAGUCUACACUUAGUUUACUCCUCCUGGGUAUAACUUUUCGAAAAAUAUACCCAGGCGUUACGACCUUAACAGUAUCGGCUUUUCGAAGCAUUGCGUGGAAGGGUUCCUGACUACGAAACAACAUAGAGCGGUAAAAUCUGAAAAAUUGAAUUGCAGAAGCUUCCCUACUUCACGUUCACGAAAAUGUAAAAAAAUUCGACCAUUUAAUCGCAGACAUGAUGGAAGUGAAUGACAAAAAUGCAUUCCAACUGUUGAAUCCUUGGAUAUCGGAAGAUCGAACUACGGCAGCUGUUUGUAGCGCCAUUCGUCUGGCGGAGCAGAGCGGUCAUUUAAAAACGAGGAGAGAUGAAGUACUUAGCGAGAUGGUCCAGUCCCUACAUAACACAUCACCCUCCUUGCGUCUCAUACAACAGCUGAAAGAAAUGACAGCUAAAGGUCAACAACUAGACAAGAUAAAUAUGGAAAUUCAGAGCCGACUGAUGGACAAGGAGACAAGGGAUAUCAUGCAUUUAGGCAUUCUUGAAUCCAAGAUUUCACAACUGGACUCGCUCAGUUCGCACCUCCAAGCCAUCGUGCAGAGCAAGGACCACCUCAUCAAUCGUCUCCAGCAGCCCUUUGUCGGCGACUACCUCAAAAUCGAGGCCGCCUUCCACAUGUACGUGAAAGAGCUCUUCCCACUUGCCGCUUCCUGCCUGGCAGAGCUUAGCAGCAACCUGCAAACUAUCCAAUGGGCUAGCGGGUUUGACACAAAGGAUGGGAAAAUGGACAAAGCACUGAUGGCAAUCUCCGCCUCGUUGGCCCAUCUCCAAACAAGCUUCCAAACCAUCUGCCAACUGCGGAACACACUGGACAAUUUGGAGUCGCAGGCUUCCGGCCAAGUUACCUCCAGCUAGAGAAGAACUCUCAAUGAAGGGAUGCAGUGAAGUUGCACGCUGCAUUUCCAUAAGAAGCCAUGAAUAAGAGUGCUCAAUAACAUUUCCUUCCACUCAAUUUAUGGGUAAGGCUGGAUUACUGGAAAGUUUGCGCUUGACAGCUAGGAAUUUUCAGGCCCCUGUAAUCUCCUUGCGACAAAUGGAACUGUUCGAGUCAUUCUCCAUGCGUCAUUUUUGUGUACCUUGGCAUUGAACCAUGGAUUCAUGUUGUACAUAAGGUACUACGCAUGUGCGCAUCUGGCUAUGGUGGGUUUUUUUCUUUGGAGGAACCCAUAAAACUAAUGUAGAGAUUAAAAUUUCCAGGCUACUUGAUUGGGAACAUUUCAACUUCUUCUGAAUUCUCUGUCUGAGUGAUGUUUUGGUAUGGAGGCAGGUGGAGGGGGCAAGGGAAAGGAAUGUACAUUUGUCAUCCUUAGCAGUGAAAGUUGUGCAUGAAAUCCUGUCAAUAAACUCAGUCAUUCCCAUAGCCAAGGAUCCAGAACCAAGAUUUGGAAGUUGUUCAAGUAACCUUUUAUGGCUUUUCUUCAGGGUGAGGCCACAUUGUGGGGUCUUUUACUCACUUUUGGAAAGAAAGUGAAUAAAACAGACACCCAACUCCCCCUAGUAAUUUGUGCCCCUUUUGCUUCACCAAAUUGGCCCUUUUAGUUUUUUUCUACAGUUCCUUACAAAAUGCUAUCCUUGUCUUUUCAGAGAGUGAGUUAGACGUCUCUCAUGUACAUCAGAGAAUGCUCAUUGAAAAUCCACGAAUAUUGCUUUGGCAAAAAUAUGUCUAAUGAAGUCUAAUUCCAUUUUCCAAGCUACAGUUGAAGUGUAAAGAUGAUUAUUAAUCAGUUGAACUGCAAUUUGUUCACGACCAACACUGCCAUUUUCCCUCAGUCUGCAUGAUGAAGUUAUUCAUUUUUUGUGAAAAAUAUUGAUAUGAAGACGACAUAUAAUACACUCGCAACUGAAUUUUGUUUUUGUGGCAGCUGCUGUUAUCAGGAAUACACUUCUGACUGUCAAAUGAAUGCAAGAUGACAUUUUCUUCAAAAAGAAAGCUCUGAGACUUUUUGAUGUACAUGUAUACAAAAUCUAGAGACUUUCUAUUGGGGGCUGGGGGUCAGGUGGUGUCACUUUAAACUUUGUCCAGGCAGUUCAUACCCGGCUUAGCUUAGCACCGAAAUCAGCGCGCCUGUAAUGUGGGCGGACCUAUACAUAGGCGCCAAUCGUAGGUGUUUGUUGUGAUCAUUUAACAUCUGUCAGGAAAGCCCUUCACAAAGUCAAGCUCUAGAACAUUUUGCAGUGAGUCCUUAAAACCUUUCAAACGUCAUUAUUUGACUAACAUUUAGGCCUACAUCAGUACUUUCGAACAUGAUUCGAUUCCAGAAACAGAACUUCACAGACGAUGUGUAGGCAUAGCUCAUACCGGCUACGGACCGGACGCUCUAGAGUGUCGUUUAUUUGUCGAUAAAGCGAAUUAAAUUCCAUUUGCAAUCUUUCCAGUGUUUAACUGUUUAUCCCGUUGGUAACAUUCUAUCGUUUCCCAGAUAAUCGAUUUACAUAUAAGAAUUACAUAGCCACUAAUUAUCAGUCAGUCCUGAUUUAUAAGUAUAUCACAUAAAGUUCGUUCAAGUGUCGACUCUUGCGUCAACGUCACAUUCGGCUGAUAUCGGCUCAUGGAAAGUUUAACAUUUACCAUUCAAAAUGCAAGCCGUAGCGAAUUUAAAAUUUGAACAAAACUCCUUUUGUGGAUGGAAUUCGGUCAAGUUGAAUAUAUAUUUAACUAUCACAUUAAAAAAGACGCGUUUUAUGAUGAAAAAUUUUGGUCAAAAUGAGUUAUAUAUGGUCCUAAACACUGCUUCGUCUUAGGAGCCAGCCACUAAAAAUAGCAACUGGAUUCCACCGCAAAAAUAAAGUAACAAAAUAGCGGAGGGUAUUGAGAUGCCAAAGACGAAGAUGUCCUCCCUAAAUUUGUGUCAAGUUCUAAUUUCAGCUUAUUGGAGUUAAGAAGCAUCCUUACUUGCAUUGAAGAAAUUUUUUCUCCUCAGAAGAAGUAUAAUUUUUGAUAAAUUGGGCAUAAAAUGGAGAUGCUUUUUUCACAGUCUCCCGUGCUUUUCAUUUUAUGACGUCAACUUUUUUCUGAGACGUGACCUCUGAUAGAGAUUGAACACAUUCCCUACAUUUCCAUUUUUCCCCAAUUGAGCGACGGAGUCUGAGAAUUUACACCGAAUGAGGGAUAAAGGGAACAUUUCACACCAUACUGGUACUCAAAUAUUGUGUUUAAUUGUUAUAAAUGGGUAAAAUUGGACGUGAAUAUUGAACACGACAAAAGCUUAUUCCAGGUGAAAAUGAUUUGUCACAACAUGGCGUCGCCCCAUUUCUCGUCCUUCCACCCCAAGUUCAUACCAGUGUUUCACAUUUUCACAGAGACCUGUAAUGGAAAGAAGUCAUGCUAAUUACAAAUCAAAGAUACAGGUUUAAUUUGUGAUACGAUUUAUCGGUGGCGUUACUGUCGUUUUUGUAAAAUAAGCGUGUGUUUUUGAGACUGCGAAUAAAUAUUAUUCAACUUUUA